GCUCAAUUUGUGAUUUUUCUUAAAAAAAAAAAUUAACAUGUAUCUUUUUGCUAAAAAGAAAAAUUGUCAUCCAACUAAACUAAACUAAACCAAAGGCUCAAAUCCAUGCCCAAAUACAAAUGCAGUCGGACUUAAAACGGUUAGAUUGGGCUAAACUGUGGUGGUGUUUUUAUCUUUACCUUUUCGUUUCAGAAGAGUUUAAUCCUGUUAUAUAAAAGCAUCCUAAUUUGUUACGAUUACAAUUAGUAUCUCCUAGUCCGAUUACACCCACGUAAUCCUGUAACUUGCUUUUCCUUUAGGUUUUGGUGUUCUUUAUUACUAUCAGAAUCGCCGUGAUUCUUGAUGAGUGUUUCGAUCAUCAGAAGCCAGUACCGAUUGCGAUCGGCCCUCGAUUCUUAUUUGGUCGCCUGUGCAGCAUUCUCUGAACAGCUUUUGAUUGCGUUGUCUCUGAAAACUACUACAAGUUUGUUGUAAUACACAGUGAUGGAUUUGGGUUUACGUGAAGAUGACGAUGAGUACGUUGAGAAAGACCCGACCGGCCGAUACCUAAGAUAUAAUGAGAUAUUAGGCAGAGGUGCAUUCAAGACUGUAUAUAAAGCUUUUGAUGAAGUUAAUGGAACUGAAGUUGCUUGGAAUCAAGUUAAUAUAGAAGAUGCUUUAAACUCGCCUGACCAACUUGUUAGAUUAUAUUCAUCAGAAGUCAGUUUGCUCAAGUCCUUGAAACAUGAAAAUAUCAUGAAAUUCUUCUACUCUUGGAUUGAUGAUACGAAGAAGAAUAUUAACAUAAUUACAGAGUUAUUCACAUCUGGGUCCUUAAGCAAUUAUCGUAAGAAGCAUAAGAAUGUAGAUAUCAAAGCUAUCAAGAACUGGGCUAGGCAAAUCCUGAGAGGCUUACACUAUUUGCACAGUCAAAAUCCUCCUAUCAUACAUCGCGAUUUGAAGUGUGACAAUGUGUUUGUUAAUGGAAAUAAUGGGGAAGUUAAAAUUGGAGAUCUUGGACUAGCACUUGUGAUGAAUCCGAAUCAGCCUACGGCACCAACUGUUAUGAUAGGUACUCCUGAAUUCAUGGCCCCUGAGUUGUAUUUAGAUGAGGAAUAUAAUGAACUUGUAGAUAUCUAUUCUUUUGGCAUGUGUGUGUUAGAGAUGGUUACUUGUGGAUAUCCUUAUAGUGAAUGCAAGAAUAAGGCUCAAGUAUAUAAGAAGGUUAUCUCUGGAAUAAAGCCUGCUUCUCUUGGUAAAGUGCAUGACCCCCAAGUUCAGAAAUUUAUAGAGAAGUGUUUAGUUCCUUCUUCUAAGAGAUUGUCUGCAAUAGAGCUCUUGAAUGAUCCUUUUCUAGCAACUGGGAAUUCAAAGGAACUUGAAAUUUCUGCUUCUUUGCAGUUACCAAGCUUGCUACAAUCAGCAUCUUAUAUCAUAAACACUGGUACUAACCUUAAGAAUCUAAUGGCGGGGUCCAGUAUAAAAGGCGUCCGAAAGGAUCUGGAGAUUUCAGCUUUAGAAAUCGAGAGGCUUGUUAAGAAGUUUGAGUUCAGGUUAAGAGGGGAGAAAAUUGAUGACAAUGCAGUUUCAUUCUUUCUGCGCAUUGUCGAUCAGCUAUCUGGUAGACUAAACAAAAUCGAAUUUCCUUUUUAUCUUGAUUCUGAUACUUCAUUAUCAAUAGCUGAAGAGAUGAAUGAACAAUUUUAUUUAUCAAAUAAAGAUGUGGGCGUCAUUGCUGAGAUGAUCGAUGCCCUGAUAAUGAAGCUUGCUCCUGGCUGGAGUAAAUCAUUUGGAAUUUCCUCGACUUCAAAUGCACCAAACGGUUCCUCUUCUGGAAUGAAGAUUUCAAGUUUAGAAUUUCAGAGGUCCAUUGAGAAGUUUGAAUUCAGGUUAAGCGGGGAGCAAACUUAUGAUAAUACAGUUUCAUGUUUUCUGCACAUUAUCGAGGUACAAAGUAGUAAAUCAAGGAAAGUCGAAUUUUCUUUUUAUUUUGAUUCUGAUACUUCAUUGUCAAUAGCUGAAGGGAUGACCGAGGAACUUGAUCUGUUUCGAGAACUUGAAUUUUCCAGUAAAGAUGUGGCUACUAUGAUUGCGGAGAUGAUUGAUGCUUUGACAAUGACGCUUGUUCCUAGCCGGAGACAAGUUGGAAGUUCUUCAACUUCAAGUAUACAAAUUGAUGCAAUGUUCAAGGCAAUUAGCAAACAGUGUUUCUUGCCUUUGCCUGACAUGAAGGGUCAAGAGACUCGAGAUUCCUUUAGUUCAGACUCCACAAUCACGUCAGCUACCAACAGUAACAAGCCCUUGGGAUCUUUUGACUUCAGUUCCUUUGAAUAUACAUCUGGUUCUGUUUCAACUUUAAUGAUGCAUGACGAUGACAAAUACCCAGAAAGUUCAGGGACUUCUCUGCCGCUAGCCAACGGAGAUGAGCAAGACGAGCUAAAGAUGGAGCUCAACUCGAUUGAUAUGUAUUAUAGUCAAUGCUUUCAAGAACUCCUGAGGAUGAAGGAGGAAGCAAUCAGAAACGCCAAAGAGAACUGGAUAACGACGACAAAAUUACCUGCCACCUGAUGUUUUAGGAUUUCUUGAUCUCUUUUAUUUUCUUUUGCUUUGCUGAUGACAAUCAUUAGAAGAACCUGCUUAUUUUUUAUUUUAUAUAUUCAAUAAAUCAAAAUUCAUAUA